AUGAGAACCUCACCGAAUAUUAUCAUCACUGGAACUCCGGGGGUGGGGAAGACGGUUCACUGCGAACAACUAGCGCAAGAGACAGAGUUGAAGCAUCUACCCAUCAAUCAAGUUGCAAAGGAAAGAGGAUGCUACGAUGGCUUUGAUGAGAAGCUUAAAAGUCAUAUCGUUGACGAGGAUAAGCUACUUGAUGAAAUCGAAGCAGACGUAUUAAAAGGCGGAUACCUAAUUGACUGGCAUGCGUGCGAUUUAUUUCCGAAAUCUUGGAUUGAUCUUGUAGUGGUGUUACGGUGUCCGUCUACGUCUAUUCUCUAUGAUAGAUUGGCAGCAAGAUCAUAUUCGGAAGAAAAGCUCCAAGAGAAUCUUGAUGCCGAAAUAUUUGGGGUGCUAUUUGAGGAAGCUAGAGAAGCCUAUGAUGAGGAGAUUGUGGUUGAACUCCAGAGCGAGACGGACGAUGACAUCGAGAGCAAUUGUCAGAGGAUAAAAUCUUGGAUAGAUUCCUGGAAGCAAUCGCAUGCCUCCGGCUCUAAUUGA